UGCUGCGAUUGGAUGAGCCCACAAUGUGGGCGGAAUGAUCCUGGACGGUUGGACCUAUCAGCGACCUCCGUAGUUUUGAAUCCUGUGUGUGUCUGUCCCGGAGCUGUAGACAUUGCGGUGUAUAGGAGAGCGGCGGUGACAGCGGGACAUGCUGAGUAUAUCGCCCCCGGCGGCGGGGGGAGACAAGAAGCCGCCCCCGGAGGAUACCCCGGUGCUUUGCCUCACUCACUUCUCCCGGCCGCCGUUCGUCAGUUUCGGCUGUGUCCGGCCCGGUUCGGCCCGCAGUGCGGUUCUAUUAUUGAGGAAUCCCUCGGAGGACCCGGCCGUGGUCACCGUGCACAAGCUGCCCCAGCACCGAGGCUUCAGCGUGCCGGAGAGCGAGAUCCUAGUACCGCCUUAUGAAACUUUUCCGCUUACGAUCACAUGGACCCCACUAGAGGAAGGAGGGAUCCGAGAACUGCUGACGUUUCUUCUGAACGAUGUUGUGAAGCACCAGGCCGUUUUGUUGGGACGCGCCGAGCUUCCUGUGAAAAAAAAGAGAAGCAGAUGGAAUACUGUUAAAAAGAAAUAUUCUCCUGUGGGAUCCAAAGCUUCUUGUCUGAAGACCAAAGCUCCUUGUGCUCAUGAUGGAAAAAACAAAACCUUCAUCGUGCCGCAGAAGAGCGGUCUUGGGGCGGCGCAGAGGACAAGGAGCCCUCUGCAGUCCUGUGAGAAUCUGCGCACCGGCCCUUCUCCGGUCAGAGAGUCUAGACAAAGUUCAGAACAUAGACUUCCAGCCGGAUUGAUUAGUCCUCUUACCAACCAGCUCCAGGACUUUACUCCAGGGUCACUAAAGAGGUCAAAAACCUAUUCGGUCCUGUGUACGACUGAGUACAGCGAGACCAUUGAAGAAGUUACUACCACCACGUCUACUAUCCAUAGAGACGUGCUCAUCGAAGAAGAGUGGACUCAGAGCGAACAGAGAAUAAACAAAGUAUCAAUAUCCCCGAUUCACCCUGGGACUAUUCAUCACGGUCAUUUUAUUUGUACCCCUGGUAUAAUCCAUGAGCACACAGAUUACCCUACGGUGUCUCCUACAGAGUUCUGUAAGACUGAGGUGACAGUGAAACGUUCUCACACAUCUUCCUCCUUCCAUGAAUCUUCUCAUGAACUCCACAGAAGUGUCGUCUCCAGGAGCCAGAGUCCUCCUCUAGUCUCGGGGACGCCGCAAAGGAACAUUUUAAGUCCGGACUCGUUUGUCAAUAACAGCUAUGUGGUUUCGGAUGAGUAUCUGACAGCGGCGCCGCAUACCCCGAUCCUGUCACCGGAUCAGUUUGUAAAAGAAAACUUUCUUACGCCUCCAGCUCAGGCAGUAGCUUUUGAUGGGUUUAGCUUAAAUACACCUUGUAAGUCGUCUGUCAUCCAAGAAGAGGUGACGGUGACACGAACAUUAGAGGAUCUGGAGCCGCCUAGCGCCAGGUUAACUUUCUGUGUAAAAAAGCAAAAAGGAAAUGACAGAACUGUAUCCAAGCCGCCAAUAAUAACAUCCACCGUCACUAAGGUGAAGGCUCAGUCUCCACUCUCUGAAGACACAAGUGAUGUGAUAAACUCCAUAAAACCUCCCGUAAUAUCGGCCACUGUUACAAAAGUACGAGAUUGCAGCGGAAAACAGCCGAGACUUCAAUCUCUUCUAAAUGAUGAUGUGACCGACAUAAAGGAUCUUCCAGAAUUGCCCAUAAUAUCAGUAAAGGCUGAAGAGGACAUUGAAAACCAACCUAAACAUCUAGUGAUCAAUAAUGAAGCGGCCACCAAGGCUCCUGUAAAGCCACCUAUAGCCUCAGCCACUGUGGUGAAAGUCAAGGCAGCGGAUCGCUUGGAAACGCAGCAUAACCCCCAGCCAAAGUCCCGCCGAAGACUGAAGAACAUUGAAUCCGAUGGAGGUGUUGACUCUCAGGCCGUUCUUUUGCCAGAUUUGCCGGUGAUAAGCGUUUCAGACUCUACGGUUCUUAGUCUACAGAGUUCCACCAGCAGCUCAGAAUCCGCUGUGAAGGUAUCUAAGCCUUUGUCCAUCUGUGGCCGCAAGAGAAGAAGUGAGGAAAUCUCUAGAGAUGCUACAGCGAUGUCCAGUGACUCCAUACAGAAUGCUACCACCCUGGCCAAGAAGAUCUCCAAACCAACGCCCUCACAGCAUGUGAGCAAGCGGGUGCCGCAGAACAGAUCAGCCAACUCAUCACUGAAAAAAGCUGGAAACAGCCACAACAUCAAAUCUGAAGCUAUGAAAACAAAACCUAUUCUGGCAAAAACGCAUCCUAGAGAUAACACAGGACUACCACAGCUGCACUCCGCCGUCACUUUUAAGAAUUCCAAUAGAAUCAUUGCCGUCGCCCAGUCAAAGCUGACGUUUAUGAGGCCGCCCAAAACAGUUAUUCCUCGACACCCGAUGCCAUUUGCUGCCAAGAACAUGUUUUAUGACGAACGUUGGAUGGCGAAGCAGGAACGGGGCUUUACCUGGUGGCUGAACUUCAUUCUCACUCCGGAUGACUUUGCUGUGAAAACAGAUUCUAUGAAAGUUAAUGCAGCCGCAUUGAUCCUCGGUGCGGAGAACAAUCAUAAAGCCAGCGUGCCAAAGGCCCCGACCAAGGAAGAGGUGUCCCUUAAAGCCUACACGGCGCGCUGCAGGCUGAAUAAGUUGAGGAGAUCCGCCUGCCGCCUCUUUACCUCAGAACCUGUGGUGAGAGCGAUCCGGAGACUAGAGGUGGAGAUCGAGGCUCGGCGUCUUCUAGUGAGGAAAGACCGACAUCUGUGGAAGGACAUUGGCGAACGUCAGAAAAUCGUUAACUGGCUUCUCUCCUAUAAUCCGUUGUGGCUUCGUGUAGGACUUGAGACUAUAUACGGAGAGCUAAUUUCUUUGGAAAGUAACAGUGAUGUCACCGGCCUUGCCGUUUUCAUUUUGAAUCGCUUGCUUUGGAACCCGGACAUUGGAGCAGAAUACAGACACCCCUCCGUCCCGCACCUGUAUCGUGAUGGUCAUGAAGAGGCUCUAUCCAAGUUCACUUUGAAGAAGUUGUUGCUGUUGGUUUUCUUCCUUGACCAUGCCAAACAGUCCAGACUCAUCGAUCACGACCCCUGCUUGUUCUGUAAGGAUGCCGAAUUCAAGGCUAGUAAGGACCUACUGUUGGCUUUCUCUCGUGACUUCUUGAGCGGAGAAGGAGAUCUCUCGCGUCACCUCGGCUAUUUAGGUUUAGCGGUCGGCCACGUCCAGACUCCUCUAGAUGAAUUUGACUUUGCGGUGACAAACCUGGCUGUGGAUUUGCAGUGCGGCGUUCGUCUAGUGAGGACGAUGGAACUUCUCACUCAGAACUGGAGCUUAUCUAAGAAGCUGAGAGUCCCAGCAAUAAGCCGCCUGCAGAAAAUGCACAAUAUUGAAGUAGCUCUUAAUGUUUUGACACAAAGGGGAGUCGAGAUAAAAGAUGAACGUGGUGUCGGUGUCACUCCCAAGGACAUUGUGGACAGGCAUCGUGAACGUACCCUGGCAUUGCUGUGGCAUAUUGUAUUCACAUUUCAGGUGGACGUCUUGCUCAAUACUGAUCACUUGAAGGAGGAGAUAAAGUUUCUAAGACACACUUACAGUGUGCAGAAAAGGCUUGCCGCCCUCCGAGCUUUCUCUGCACCAACAAUAUCAAAGAAACGCGUCAGCGACACUUUCACACCUGACAACUACAGCGAACGAGUCCUGCUGCUUAUGGAAUGGGUUAAUGCUGUAUGUGCCUUCUAUAGCACAAAGAUUGAAAACUUCACUGUGUCCUUUUCUGAUGGCCGGAUAUUCUGUUACCUCCUCAAUCAUUACCACCCGAGUUACGUGCCAGCCGAUACUAUACGUGAGCGAACAACUCAGACCGUGGAGUGCAGUAGAACUGGAACCAUAGGUCUGAAUUCUUCCUCGGACUCCGACAGCUCUUUGGAUAUGUUGCCAGCAAUGUAUGAUCAAGGUUCUGCAUCGUCUUCAGCUUUGUUUGAGGAGCUGCUAAAGAAUGAGAAGGCAAACUUCAGUCUGGUGCAGAAUGCUGUAUCCGACCUUGGAGGAAUCCCUGCGAUGAUCCAUCACUCUGACAUGUCUAAUACUAUACCAGAUGAAAAGGUUGUGAUCAUCUACCUUUCAUUUCUUUGUGCUCGGCUUCUGGAUAUUCGCAAGGAAGCUCGGGCAGCCAGAGUCAUACAGGCAGCUUGGAGAAAACACAGACUGGCAGCAGAAGAACAGCUGCUACAGAAAAAGCACAAUGCAGCCUGUGUGGUCCAGCGUGUGGUGCGCAGCUUCCUGUCACGACGUCGGGUUCUGAAGAGAACAACCUCUGCCGUCCUUAUCCAAAAGUGCUGGAGAAGAUACCAGGCCUAUAAGGAGUUGGUGAAAUUAAGAACUUUAAGACGAAAAGAAAUAGAGACUUGUGCUGCUGUAGUUAUUCAGAAACGCUGGAGAGGUUUUGCUGCUCUAAAAUACUUCAGAUCCCUUAAGGCACACGUAGUCCUCAUGCAAGCAAGAGUCCGAGCGAAGAUUGCUGUGGCUUCAUACCAAAGGACGCUGCAUGCUGUGAGGGUCAUUCAAGAUCAUGUUCGCUCUUGGCUAUUGGCUACAAAGGAGUGUAACCAUUAUUGUCGCCUAAAAGCUGCUACUGCCGUUAUCCAGUCUGCUUAUAGGAGGUGGAAAUGUGACAAGAUGAAAAGGGAGAAUAAAGCUGCAUUGGUGCUUCAGAAAGCCUACAGGAGAUGGCGGGAGCGCAAGCUGGAAGCCAAGACAGAUGCUGCCAUUAUAAUUCAGUCACAGUACCGUAUGUUUAGUCAACGGCACAAAUACCUGACCUUGCGGGCUGCCGCCCUAAGGAUACAAUCACUGUUUAAAAUGAAGCAAGAACGGAAUCGUUAUAUUGUCCUGAAGCAGAAGGUUUUAAUUUUACAAAGACUAGUUCGAGCAAACCGCUUAAUGCUUGAAGAGAGAAAAUCGUUCUGCAGGAAAAAGGCCGCCUGUGUUAGAAUACAAUCCGUCAUAAGAGGAUACCUGGUGAGAGAGAGAAUGAAGGUGUGCAAUGAAGCUGCAACAACAUUGCAGGCGUACUACAGGAUGCACAAGGCAAGAAAGGAGUAUCUCGCAACUUACAGAGCUGCCGUGGUCCUACAGAGGAGAUUUCAGGCUCACAAUGACCGUGUGCAUCAUAGGAAAACUUUCUUGCUAAUUAGACAGUCUGCAGUUCAGAUACAAGCAAUCUACCGGGGGUACAUAGUGCGUAAAAGAUUGGGAAUUCAGCACGCCGCUGCGAUGACCAUACAAGCAAACUACCGACGUUGUAGAGCAAGGAAGCAUUAUCUGAACAUGCGGCAAUCUGCGCUUACUAUUCAGAGUUGGUACAGAGGUCAAAAACAAAAAAAGAAAGAUAUGCAACAUUUCCUAAAAUCUAAGAAGGCCAUUGUGGUUAUACAAAGCUCAUACCGGGGCUUUAAAGUGAGGAGGCAACUUCGCAAGCAGAAUGCUGCCACCAUUGUCAUCCAGUCUGCGGUCAGACGGUACCUUGCUCAGAAGGGGUUUGAAAAGAUCAAGAAGGCGACCUUAACGAUCCAGCGGCGCUAUCGGGCUGUACUGACUGGUAGAAAGGAAAGGCAAAAAUACCUUCAGCUAUGUCUGAUGGUAACAAAGAUACAAGCCAUCUGGAGGGGCAGAAAAGAUAGACUAGAGAUUCUGAGGUUGCACAAAGCAGCAAGUCUUAUGCAAUCCUAUUACAGAAUGCAUGUCUGCCAAACCAAGUAUAAGACCCUAAAGCAGGCUACUGAGCUCAUUCAGAUGCGCUACAGGGCUUACCUUUCACAGAAGUGUCAGCGAUCCCAGUAUUUGAGGACAAAAGCAGCCAUUACAGUCCUUCAAGCUGCCUAUAGGGGGUGGAAGACCAGGAAGAGUAUUUUAGAUCUUCACAAAGCAGCCUGCACUAUUCAGGGAUACUACCGCUCCUACAGAAUAAAAAAACAAUAUCACAAAUGGAGGAUGGGCACAACCACAAUACAGAGGUGGUACCGCACAGCCAUAGCUGCUCGGAGGCAAAGAACAGAAUAUGUUCAGCUCCGGAGGACGGUGAUCAAACUUCAGUCUGUCUACAGAGGGAGGAAAACAAGACAAAGAGUAAUGCAGAUGCAAAAGUCUGUAACUUUGAUCCUGUCCAUCUAUAGGAUGCACAAACAGAGAGUAGAGUACCUGAAAAUAAGGCAGUCGGCUGUUGUGAUCCAGCAGCGAUACAGAACAGUACUGCAAGGCAGGAAAGUGCAAGAUGAAUAUGUGAACCUAAAGAAAGCUGCGUACACUGUGCAGGCGGCCUGGAGAGGAAGAAGUGCCAGGAAGCGGAUCGGUCGCAUGCAUGUGGCUGCAGCUGUGAUCCAGUCGCAAUAUCUAAUGUUCAAACAACGAUGUUACUUUAACAAGUUAAGACGGGUCACUAUAGCUGUUCAACGUCGCUACCGCGCCUGUCAGGAGAAGAAUAAACAGAGGAUACUGUACUGCAACAUUAGACGUGCUGCUUUAUGCAUCCAGUCAUCUUACCGGACAAUGCAGCUGCGGCAUCAAUUCCAAGCUAAACGCUGUGCAGCCAGGAUCAUCCAGUGGGCUGUCAGGUCACUUAUAGAAAGACGCCGUUUUCUAGCGCUGCAAAGGGCAGCUGUAAUUGUUCAGAGAAGAGUUAGGUUAAAAAGACUUGGCGAUCAUCAUAGACAAGAGUUCAUAAAGUUAAAAAGGGCCGUUCUGGUUUUGCAAGCUGCGUACAGGGGUUUCAGAGAGAGGAAGAAGCUGCAGCAUAUGCACUCGGCCGCCAUAGUCGUCCAAGCCCUCUUUAGGAUGCAUAGGACUAAAAAGUAUUAUAGGAAUCUAAAAUGUGCAUCAAUCACAAUACAGAGUCAUUACAGGUCAUAUAGAUCUGCUUUACAUACUAGAGAAGAAUUCUUAGAGUUACGAGAAUCUGCAAUAAAACUUCAGGCUGCUUAUCGGGGUGCGAAGACGAGACAAGCAAUAACUAAAAUGCACAAAGCUGCUUCCAAAAUCCAGACAGCAUACAGGAUGUAUAGAAGCAAACAGAAUUAUGAACAGACUCAAUGGGCUGUACGGGUGGUGCAGCAGAGAUACCGGGCAAAGAAGAUGAGGGACUUUGAAGUUUUGCGCUACUCUUUCAUUAGAGAUGCCACCAUCUGUAUCCAGGCCGGUUGUAGAGGUUGGCUCGUCAGAAAAGAACUCAGAAACCAGAAAAGAGCAGCUAUGAUCAUCCAGAGACAAUUCAGGAUGUACGUUGAACGUAGUCUGUACCUGGAAUUAAAGGAAACAACCAUUCGCAUUCAGAGACUUUAUAGAGCAACUGUUGCUACACGCAGACAUUACCGGAACUAUCGGUCAAUGCGAAAAGCAGCAUCUCAUAUUCAGGCUUAUUAUAGAGGAUAUAAAAUAAGAAAAGAGCUUGGUCAUAAACACAAAAUGGCAGCAAAAAUACAAGCUUAUUUCAGGAUGCACAGAAGUCUGGUUGUGUAUAGGGCUCAGCGUGAGGCAGCCUGCAAGAUCCAGAUGUGGUACCGCUCAGUCAUCGAAUGUCGCCGGGUACAAGGGCAGUUUCUAAAGAUGCGUAGCUCAGCUGUCACAAUUCAAGCAGGAUUUAGGGGAGUGAGAGUUCGCAGAAAUAUUAAUGCAAUGAAUAAAGCUGCCACUGUCAUCCAGUCUGGUUUCCGCAUGUACGUUUAUCACGCAUACUACAAAAGUCUGAUAAAAGCCACCAGAACUAUACAGCAACGAUACAGGGAGAAGAAGUCAAGGGACCGAGAUUUGCAUUUCUACCAAACCACAAGAAGAUCUGCAGUAUUGCUUCAAGCAGCCUUUAGGGGAGCAAAAGUGAGAAGACAGAUAAAAUGCAUGCACCAUUCGGCCACAAGCGUCCAGAAGUGUGUUAAAGCCUAUCUGCAAAGAAAGGAAUAUAGAAAACUGAGGGCUGCGACAGUGAGUCUCCAGAGACGAUAUAGAGCGUUGAUUCUCGGCAGAUCUGAACGUGGGGAUUUUCUUAAACUUCGGAAGUCUGCAGUUUGCAUCCAGUCCGCAUGGAGAGCACAUAAAGCCAGGGAGAGAGUGGAGCGGAAAAAACAAGCAGCGGUAGCGAUCCAGUCCUAUCAUCGUAUGUACAGACAAAGGAAAUCCUAUAUCACCUUGCAACAAGCAGCAAGGAGAAUUCAGUCACGAUUUAGAGCAAACUUGUUAAGAGAUGAAGCUGUCCAGCAGUUCACGAAACUAAGGAACGCAACAAGGUGCAUACAAUCUGCAUUCCGUGCCAUGAAAAGGAAAAAAGAAUUGAGGCAGACGGAAGCUGCUCUGGUAAUACAGGCCACUUUCAAGAUGUAUCGGAAAAGAAAAACCUUCUUACAGAUGAAGUCUGCAGCGGUGGCCAUCCAAGCCGCCUUCAGAGCCUAUCUGGUCAGGAAAAGGCUCAAAGUAAUGGAGGCAUCUGCUCGCUGUAUACAGAACUGGUUCAGAAGAUGUCUCCAAGGUCGUGUGCAGAGAACGCGGUAUCUAUCGUUGAGGACCUCCGCUAUAGUAAUCCAGUCAGCGUUCAGGGGGUUGCAGGCACGAAGGAUUGUGCGCCAAGAAAAAGCUGCAAGAAAAAUACAGGCUCACCUACGUAUGGUUGUGUGUCGGAGGAGGUUUGUGCUGCUCAGAAGAUCGGCUGUGACGUUGCAGGCCCUCUACAGGAUGCACAGAGAGAUGACGCUAUAUCAUGAGGAGAGAACCUCGGCUAUCCUCCUCCAGCAGCGAUACAGAUCCCUUAUUCUUAUGAGGCAGCAGAGGAUGGCUUACCUGGAGUUCAGGAGAAGAGUGAUCUGUCUGCAGGCAGCAGUACGAAGAUAUUGUGCUCAGAGGAGGUUUAUGAAGGCUCGGUGUGCUGCCGUAAUAAUUCAGACCCAUUGGCGCAGAUAUGUUCAAAGACAGACUUUCUUCCAGUAUAAACAGGCUGCAUUAAUCCUACAACAGAGAUACAGAGCGCGCUGUUUGCAGAUGCUCCAUCGGCACUACUACAUAAGGCUCCGAGCGGCGGCCAUUGUUCUGCAGGCUGCCUACAGAGGGUCACAAACCAGGACGUUAUUAAGGAAAGAGAAAGCUGCUUGUGUCAUCCAGAGGUAUUAUAGAUCCUGGACUGUCCGUAGGAACUACAUCACCCUCCUCAGGACUGUGGAGAAUCUUCAAAGACGUGUGAGAGCCAACCAGGAAAGGGCAAGGUUUAUAAGAACCCGAAAGGCUUCUGUGUGCAUCCAGAGGAGAUGGCGGGAGACCCUUUGGUCAAGGACUAUCCGCAAAGACUUUAUGCAAAAACAAGAAGCUGCAAAAAGACUCCAGUCUGUGUACAGAGGAAAUGUUGUCAGAAGAGAGAUUCACAAGAUGCAGCGUGCGGCCUGCGUCAUACAAGCAGCGUUCAGAGGCUUUUGGCAUCGGCGGCGCUACCUCAGGCUGAAAGCUGCAGCGGUGACACUCCAGCAGCGCUUCAGGGCUCUGCAACAAGGAAGACGUGAGCAGCUACAAUACAUACAAGGGAAGAAUUCCGUCAUCAGAAUACAAGCCUGUGCCCGGGGCUGGCUGCUCAGAAGACAGGUUGCACGUCUGACUCGAGAGAGGCAACUGGUGAAGUUCACUUCUUCUGUCCAUCACCAUCUAUGUGCUGUGCGGAUCCAGAGAUUUUUCCGCAAACACCUGAUUCUCAGAAAGGCGCAGACACAAAUUGCCUAUGUCCUUUACAUUCAGAGAUGGUAUCGAUCAAGAAUACAGCAAAGAAACUUCCAUGUGAUGCGGCAGAAGACUAUCACCUUGCAGCGCGCAGUACGAGCGUGGUUACAUCGCAGACAUGAAGCCGCCUCUAAAAUCCAGAGAAGUGUCAGGGUUUUCCUUCAACGUAGGAAACAUGCUAAAGUGAUGAGCGGAAUCGUAAAAUUCCAGGCUCUCUGGAGAGGUCACCAGUGGAGGAAACGUUCCGAUACCAAAGCAGUGAAAAAGUUGCGCACGAGUCUAAGAAAAGUAAACGAACAAAUCAAAGAUGAAGAUCGUCUAUGUAACAGGACGAUGGUGGCGCUGAAUUACCUGCUGACCUACAAACAUCUCUCCUAUAUCCUGGCCGCUCUGCAGCAUCUUGAAGUUGCCACCAGACUCUCUUCUGUUUGCUGUGAGAACAUGGCGCAGAGCGGAGCCAUAAAGACCAUAUUUACCCUGAUUCGAAGCUGCAACCGAAGCCUUCCCUGCAUGGAAGUGAUCAAGCUGGCUAUCCAAGUGCUGCUCAAUCUUACAAAGUAUGAAAAGACGGCAUCUGCGGUUUACGAGGUGGAGAAUUCCGUGGACGUUCUCCUCGACUUGAUGCAGAUCUACAGGGAGAAAGCUGGAGACAAAGUGUCCGAUAAAGGGGGCAGCAUUUUUACAAAGACCUGUUGCCUCCUGGCGAUCUUCGCCCUGAACUCCCAAAGAGCUCGGGAAAUCCGUGCCAUACCUAAAGCUGUAGACCGUAUCGGCAGCAUUUACAAACUGACCGCACGAAAGCACAAGAUGGACACCGCGAGAAAUAUCCGGCAACAGCUGAACAAUUCACAAAAUCUUGGGAACUUCUCCUUCCAGGCAACGCCAGUGCGCACGAGAAUUGUUUCGAGAAUAAAGCCUGACUGGGUGCUAAGAAAAGACAACAUGCGGGAAGUGAUCGACCCCUUGAAAGCCAUUCAGAUGGUGAUGGUGACCUUCGGCAUGCCCAUAUGAGUCUGAUGACCAAAUUCUGGAUUUUUUUUUUUCUUUUUUAAAGAUUGUAAAUUUGGAUAUUUUUACUUUUUAAUGUAAAGCACUUUUUUUUCCUUUUCCUUUCAAUAUUUGUAUAUUGGAGCUGAGCCUCUUUUAUCAUCGCAGUGUUAUGCUGCUAAUCAUAGCUGUAAAAAAUUUUUUUUUUUGGAACGCCGCUGUAUUAUAUGUUCCUGUUGUAAAUAGCCUUUUGUACAGCUAAAAAAAAAAUUAAAAAUACAGUGCUUAAUAUCUCCAAAUAUGUUAGUAAUAGUUAGGAAAUAUAAUCUGUGUUAGUUUAGAAAAUAUGGUUUGAUGACAAGUACUCUUUAACAUUGUAUCAUUGAACUCAUGGGAUUCCUAUACACAGCCAUGUUUGCAGGGGUUUCACUGUGUUACAUUCUCAGGCAGUGCCCAGUAGUGUCAGGGACUUCCAUAAUAGGAGCAAAUCCCCAUUGCAAACCUCUCCUGCUCUGGACAGUUCCUGACAUGGACAGAGUUGUCAGACUGAAAAGAACUACACAACUUCCUCUGGAGCAUACAGCAGCUGAUAAGUACUGGAAGGAUUAAGAUUAUUAAUUAGAAGUAGUUUUCAAAUCUGUAACUUUACGGCAACAGUUAAUUUGAAUUUUAUUUGCACAAUAGGUGAACAGUCUCAAUGUUUUGAAAAAUAUAUAAUUUCUUUCAAGAACACAACUUAAAUGUAAUCUGGCAUGUUAGCUUUUGCAAUGGUUGUGAUCUAUUAGCAACUUUUAAAAAUUGGCACAUUUUUUUCCAGCAAAUCCACAUUUUUGCACAUUCUAAGCUAUUUUGCUGUUUACGAAGAACGUGCACCUCUUAGAUAAUUGUGGGGGACAUACACAUGGCGUACGCCCUGCCAAAAGGGGGUAAAAUGACAAUAAUAAUUCUGCUCAAGGUCUAUUAAAGUUCUUUACCCCAGGAUGGACCUAGUUCAUGUGAUUUUAAAGAGGAAGUGUCUGUUCUGACACGUCUUAGCUUAGAUCAUCUUUUGUUAGAACUCUACACAGCACUGUUCCUGUGUUUGUGCUUCCUGAAAAUGGAAACACAGACUUAAAGGGGUACUCCACUGGAAAACAUUUUUUUUUAAAUCAAC